UACCAGAACUGUACGCCAACCCACCUGUGGUUGUGCUACUGGAAGACCUACUGGAGCUCUCUGGCCGUGGGUGUAAUGAUUAAGAUCGGCGCCGACCUGUUUGGCCUCUUCGGUCCCCUAUCUAUCGAUUAUAUCAUACGCUAUGUUAACGACACUCAAACCAAAAAUGCCAAUAAUAUCACCGAAACCCUCGAGUUUGACUAUUAUUGCCUGUCGUGGCACCACUUCCUCACAAAUGGCUAUAUCAUUGCGUUUAUAGUACUGUUGGCCACUCUAUUACAGUCGACUUUCUCUAACAAUUUUAAUCAUUUGGUUAAUGCCGAGGGAAUACACCUGAAAACGGCUUUGAAUUGUCUGGUUUACGAUAAGACCCUUAGGAUGACAGUCCAUUCGGGCACUGAUAUCGGCUCAACAGUCAACCACAUGUCUAUUGACACAUACAAUAUGUUUAUGUUGCUUUCAAUGGGACACUACUUAUGGGCCGUUCCACUGAAGAUGAUAUUAAUCCUAUAUCUAUUGUAUUAUUAUUUGGGUUACAGCGCUCUGAUAGGCGCCACCACCAUCUUUGUCUUAGCCCCUCUUCAGUAUUAUCUAUCGAGCAGUCUCUCAAAGAUACAGGAAAAAGAGAUGGAUAUCUCUGACGAGCGUAUGAGAAAAACGACCGAGCUCUUUAUGAGCAUCAAAUUUCUCAAACUCUUGGGCUGGGAAUUGAGUUUUGCCAAAGCGGUCAAUGAGAUCAGGGACCGGGAGCUGCGAGUGCUGCGCAAGGAUGCCAUAUAUGUGGCGCUUAAUACAUUUAUAACGCAGGGCUCGGCAAUCGUAGUGACCUUGGUCACUUUCGCCAUAUAUCCGUACAUAGAGGGCCAGCCCUUGACCGCCGGUCACGUGUUCACCGGAUUGGCACUGCGCACGGUCAUUUUGGUGACCCAUAAGCUGGAGUACAUACCGCAGGCGCACAAUAUAGUGGUGCUGGAGGGCGGGUGUGUGAAACACUCGGGCACUUACGCCGAGAUUGAGCGCCGGGACCCGAAUCUGACCGCUUUCUGGGCCAAAGUCCGCAACAAAGAGCAAGAGAUGCGCCGAAAGGCGACGAUAGAGGAGUGCAAGACUACCAAAGAGAGGAAGAGUUUGGUCCGUAUGCUCUCGUCCAACAAGAUUCAGGCCAAUUGUCGCAAUAGUAUUCCCAUACAAAUGCCUAAACCCAAGAGACGGCACGUGUCCUUCAAUAGGCAAUUAAGUCACGACCCGUCGAAUCCGCUCCCGUGUCACGACUGGACGGACAACGAGGAGGCGAUCGUCGGCUCGCAUCACGAAGAGUCGGUGUCCAGCCGUCCGGUGACGCCAUUCCGACGAAUGAACUCAAUCGAUUCGGUCGACUCCAAGUCGCCGUCCAUUAACUCAUCCCUAUUGUCGACCAGCGCUGAGUCGACCCCUUAUUUCAUUACCCGUCCGGCGAUGAAUCGGCUCAACUCACACACAUCGCGGGUUUCAUAUACCGGCAACUCUAUCAAAGAGGAGGACGAAGAAGACGAGGAGGGCUGCAUCGAUGAGGAGGAGGGAGUGAUCGACGACGACAAUGACCGCAAGCCCGACGAGUCCGACCCCAGCGCCUGUCCCGCACUUGACGACGAUAUCGAAGAGUUAAGACAGAAGGCUAAGGAAAGGACACAAAGUUUUGCCGCAUUUAAGCUAAUAAGUGAUGAGAAACGAGAGACCGGAUCCAUCUCAAAGAAGGUCUACCUGUCGUACUUCAAGAGGUGUUCCCUCUGCCUGUCCUUCUCGUGUCUAAUACUGAUUAUAUCGACGCAAGCAUUCAAAGUGGCCUCAGAUUUCUGGUUAGCGCAGUGGUCAAAGUCGGACGUCUCGGUGGCCAGCGAUAACCAGCGGCUACUUUAUUAUAUCAAGGGAUACGCUCUGCUCUCCAUCAUUACGAUUGCCAUAUCCCUGGUCUCCAAUCUGUUGUCUCAAUUGACAAGCCUUCGUGCCGUACGGCUACUCCAUCUCCAGAUGCUGGACAAUGUGAUCCAUUGUCCGCUUCGCUUCUUCGACGUCACACCGUUUGGCCGUAUUAUUAAUCGCUUCUCAAUCGACAUGAAUACCAUCGAUAAGAAACUGCCGAUAGCCCUACCGGUGCUGUUGAGGUUCAUAUUCCUGUGUGUGUCGGCCAUUAUCGUGGACCUGAUAAUCACGCCGUACUUCGCCAUCGCUAUAAUACCGAUACUUAUUAUCUAUUACUUUGUGCAACACUUCUUCCGGUUUACGUCGCGAGAGUUGCAGCGUUUGGAUUCAAUCACAAAAUCGCCGAUAUUUUCGCUGUACAGCCAAACCAUCGACGGUCUGACCACUCUUCGGGCCUUCAACGAAGAGAUCAGUUUUACCGACAAAAUCUACGAACUGUUGGNCCAAACCAUCGACGGUCUGACCACUCUUCGGGCCUUCAACGAAGAGAUCAGUUUUACCGACAAAAUCUACGAACUGUUGGACAUCAAUAAUAUAUGCUUUUUGAUGGUUAACUCAGCCAACUGUUGGUUAGGUAUCGCAUUGGACUACUUGGGAGGUGUUAUACUGUUUUGCGCUACCAUAACGUCUGUGUGGGCGGCCAUUCACCUGAACAUGAGUCCAGCCUACGUGGGUAUGGCCCUGACCUAUACCCUACUGGUGCCCAUUUACCUGAAUUGGGUGGUCAGGAAUCUGGCCUCACUUGAGAUGUACAUGAAUUCAGUGGAAAGGGUUCGCGAGUUCUCACACUUGGAGAUCGAGGACAAGGAGGAGGACUCGAUGGAAGACAUGCACAAAAUUACCGAAAGUUGGCCACAAAAGGGCGAAAUAAAGUUUAUUGAUGUUAGCCUUAAAUACGAGUCUACUGUGGAAACUGUGGUAAAAGGGGCCACAUUUUCUGUCAAACCUGGCGAAAAGGUGGGGAUCUGCGGUCGCACGGGUUGUGGCAAAUCCUCGCUUAUGAACGCAUUGUUUCGCUUGAAUCACAUCACAAAAGGAAAGAUACUGAUAGACGGCGCGGACAUCACUAAAAUACCCACUCAUCUGCUCCGUAGCCGA